GGGCCUGGGCUUGGGCCUUUAUAAGAGGGACCGAUCGACGAAGGAAAAAGAAAAAAGAAAAAAGGCAAGAAUCAGAUGCGGGUGGGCGUACCGGUAGCAGCAGCAACCACCGUGGGGGGCGUCGUUCUCCGAGGGCGAAUCCCGGCGAUAGUUGCCUCAGCAUCCGGGAGGAUGGGUUCGAGUUCCGUGGGAGCAUUCACAUUCACGAGCAUAAAUGAAAUGGUAACAGUGGAGAGAGAGAUAAAGAAGAGCAAGUUCAUCGCCAUCGCUGGUCCUAUCUCCACCGAGCAAUCCGCUCAAUCGUUCCUAUCUCAGGUCCGUGAUCCUCGCGCUUCUCACAAUUGCUGGGCUUAUAAGAUCGGUGAUCAACACCAUCGAUGUAGCGAUGAUGGUGAACCUUCAGGCACCGCAGGGAAACCGAUUCAAUCUGCAAUUUUGUCUUCUGGUUUAGACAGAGUUAUGGUUGUUGUCAUUAGGUAUUUUGGGGGAAUCAAACUUGGAACUGGAGGUCUUGUUAGAGCAUAUGGUGGUGUUACAUCUGAUUGUUUGAAAGCUGCUCCUACUUGCCUUGUCAAGUCCAAA